CUGAAAAAUUAAAGAAGACAAAACACAGUUGUGAUUAAAACAAAAAGAUAAAAUGUAUGGUAACCAAACUGAGGUGGUAAAUGUCAGAUUUUUCAGACAUUGCAGAUGCUAUCUUAUGAUGCCACUUGGGACCAUAUCCUCUAGCUCUAGUGCCAAUUAUGUUAAUGAUGGACACAGAAUUCAAGAUCUUGUUGAUGAUUCAAGAUUUGAAAUCUAAAGGCUGGAUCAGUAACGCAGGCAGUGAAGAAGCUCUCUAACUCAAGAAUAAAACAAUUACUUUCGGAGUCCAAAAGUCCAGCUUCAAUAAGUUGUCAGAUAGAUACAGUAACGCCCAACAACUCCGGAAUUAUCGAAUGGAACUAGAGAAUCUGCAAGAUGUUAAACUUAACCAUGAACACCAACACUUGACAAUAAUGACAAUGGAACUCCAUGUCCACACAAGAGGAGAACUCAGACCCAACCCUGACCAAGACGCUGUCUGCUGCAUAUUUUACAACAUCACCAAUGACUGUCCAGACCCUUUGAUUUCACACAUUAAAGGAGUGAUUUAUGUGAGUGAAGAUGGAACAGAGGAAAAGAUGCCCCAUCUCCAGUCUCAUCUACAGGCUGUUCCGAAUGAACAGUCUCUGAUAGCUGCCUUUGUUGCUCUUGUACGCAAGUGGGAUCCAGACAUAUUUGUUGGUUAUGAGAUUGAACAGCUGUCUUGGGGCUACCUACUGCAACGUGCCUACGUACUCAAUAUCAACUUGACAGUCGAGCUGUCUCGAGUAAGAGUCCUGACGUCCACGGAUAGUGAGACUAAAGAGAUAAAUGAUGAUGACUCGGAGAUUCGUCUCACUGGAAGGAUUGUGCUUAAUCUCUGGAGAUUCUUGAGACAUGAGGUCGCUCUACAGAGUUAUACGUUUGAAAACAUCGCUUAUCACAUACUUCACCAGCGAAUUCCUCUGUUUUCUUUCCGUAUUCUGACAAACUGGUGGGCCCACCGGACCAAAAUGUACAGGUGGCAAGUGUUUGAGCAUUACCUCACACGUGUGGAAGGCAUUGUGAAGAUAAUGCAGCAGUUGGAUCUUGUCGGCAGAACCAGUGAAUUCGCUCGACUAUUUGGAAUCCAAUUCUACGAGGUUUUAUCACGAGGUUCUCAGUUCCGGGUGGAGUCCAUGAUGCUGCGACUGGUGAAGCCACUGAACUAUGUGGCAGUGUCGCCCAGUAUGCAGCAGAGAGCCAGGAUGAGAGCGCCAGAGAGUCUGCCUCUCAUUAUGGAACCUGAGUCCAGAUUCUACACUGACCCUGUCAUUGUUUUGGAUUUUCAGAGUUUGUACCCUUCAAUCAUUAUCGCUUACAACUACUGUUUCUCCACGUGUAUGGGCAGAAUCGAACAUUUGGGAAGAUCUGAACUAUUUGAAUUUGGAUGCACUCAAUUGAGGGUUCCAAUAGAUGAGCUCAGCCGUCACAAGGACAACCUCAACUUCUCCCCAUGCGGUGUAGCUUUUGUCAAUCAGUCAGUGGUGAAGGGGGUGCUGCCUCGCAUGCUGGAGGAAAUCCUCAAUACUCGUCUCAUGGUGAAACAGUCGAUGAAAGAGAAGAAAGACAACAAAACACUGCAAAGAGUGUUGCAUGCCAGACAGCUGGGGCUCAAACUCAUUGCAAAUGUCACGUACGGGUACACGGCAGCUAACUUUUCUGGAAGAAUGCCUUGCAUUGAGGUGGGAGACAGCGUGGUGAGCAAAGCUCGGGAAACAUUGGAGCGGGCAAUCAGCUUGGUGGGGAGGACCACCCGGUGGGGUGCCAGAGUUAUCUACGGGGACACGGAUUCCAUGUUUGUGCUGGUACCGGGAAAGUCCAGGGAAGAGGCGUUCCGGAUAGGUGCUGAGAUUGCGGAGGCAGUUACAAAUGACAAUCCGAAACCUGUGAAACUUAAAUUAGAGAAAGUCUAUCAGCCUUGCUUACUGCAGACAAAGAAAAGAUAUGUGGGCUACAUGUAUGAGAGUCCCAGCCAAGACAAACCGGUUUAUGAUGCGAAAGGCAUUGAGACAGUCCGGAGAGAUGGAUGUCCAGCUGUUGCCAAGAUAUUGGAGAAGACGCUGCGGAUCCUUUUCGAGACCAAGGAUGUGAGCUUGGUGAAACGCUACGUGUGUCGACAGUUUGGCAAAGUGUUGUCCGGCCGCAUCAGUAUCCAGGAGCUGACGUUUGCCCGAGAUGAGUACCGGGGAGCUGCUGGAUACAGGCCCGGAGCUUGUGUUCCUGCUCUUGAGUUGGCCAAGCAGUGGCGGCACUGUGGAUCCACGCCUGGAGCCAAGAGUAGGCCAGAGAGUGCCUUACGUUAUUGUGGCGGGGCCCCCAGGUCUUCCACUCAUCAGACUGGUGCGCAGCCCCGCCACUCUGCUAGCAGACGACAGCCUCAAGAUAAAUGCUGAGUAUUUACAUCUCCC